GAGGAAAAUCAGGCAGGGGGUGGAGGUGCGAGUGAGUAUGUCUCCGACUGUUCUGGACUUGAGGUGAUAAGGAACCUCCUUAGCUUUCUGCCUCUCCCGGCAGGUGGAGGUCUCUUCCCACUUGGAAAUGUUUUGAUCUCCUUCCUGUACGUUUUUUUGUUUGUUUGUUUUUUUUUUUCCUUCGUAGCAGGAAGAAAGCAGACAGAAUGAAGGUUCUCUGAGUUAUUUUUUUCCUCUCUUAGAGCACUUCCUUCCAGAAGCUCCUCAAAAACAAAUUAUUGAAGGCCACAAAACGAAAGAUCCAACAGCCAGGGCUGCUCCCACCUUUAAGCACCCCCCCCAUUCACCUGCUAGAUAAGGGGGGGGCAGGAGAAGUAGGGGUGAAGGCUGCAUCCCUGCAGGCCUGUUCCGGAGAGCCAUGUACUUCUCCAGCUCUGCCCGUGCAGAGGACGAGAACUUCGACUAUUUGUUCAAGGUCAUCCUCAUUGGCGACUCCAAUGUGGGCAAGACUUGUGUGGUGCAGCACUUCAAAUCUGGGGUCUACACGGAGAACCAGCAGAACACCAUCGGUGUGGACUUCACCGUGCGCUCCUUGGACAUUGACGGCAAGAAAGUCAAGAUGCAGGUGUGGGACACCGCAGGCCAGGAGCGCUUCCGCACCAUCACGCAGAGCUACUACCGCAGCGCCCACGCCGCCAUCAUCGCCUAUGACCUGACGCGGCGCUGCACCUUCGAGUCGGUGCCCCACUGGAUCCAUGAGAUCGAGAAGUAUGCGGCUGCCAACCUGGUCACCAUGCUCAUCGGGAACAAGUCUGACCUCUGGGAGAAGCGGUGCGUCCUGUUUGAGGAUGCCUGCACGCUGGCCGAGAAGCACGGGCUCCUGGCAGUUCUGGAGACCUCGGCCAAGGAGUCCAGGAACAUCGACGAGGUCUUCGUACUCAUGGCCCGGGAGUUGAUCGCUCGCAACAGCCUGCACCUGUUUGGAGAGAGUGCCCCCCACAGCCUGGCCCUGAACUCCAGCCCAGUGCUCCCAGUGACCCAGGCUCCCAGCGGCAAGCCCCCAUGCACCUGCUGAGUGUGCUGGCCGCCUGCUACCCUCAUGUCUGCAGACCAAAGUCCAGAGUUGCCACUAGGCCUUAAUCCUUCCCUCCUGGGGGGUGGAGGAGGGGCACCGGAACCUCACCCCACACUAGAGCCCCCUGAGUACUGACCCUCCUCCCAAGGACAAGGGGACCCCACUCACUGUGUCCUUAACUCUGCCUUCUGCUAACUGGCUUUCAGGCCCUUGGAUGCUCCUCCUUCUUCUGCCCUUUCCUAUCUCUUCACCCCUUCAACUGGCUUCUGCUGAGUUUUUGCUUCUAGAUGGAAGAAGUUUGUGAAAGGAAAGAAAAACAGAAAUGUGGAGGGAGGGCUAGGGCUGCCUGGAAGUUUCUGGAAGGGAUAAAGAUGGAGGGGUUGUGACUGCCUGCAGUGACUGAUAAAGCCGGGUGUAUAGUGAUCGUUGGGAUUUCUGGCACUUACACUCCAGGCCUUUGGUUUGGGGAGUGAAACAUCGUUGGACACAGACAUCCUAUUGCUGAAACUGGGUCCCCAGAUCUGGUACAGCACAGGGGCAAGGGAGAGGAGAGCUGCUUAGGGGACAAAGGGACGGAGGCAGGUGGAGUUUGUUUUAGGAAGAAGUGUGGGAGGCAGAAAAAUUGGGGGGGGGGGUGGGCUUCAUCCCUGCUCAGUUAUCCCAAAUCCAGCUCCCGCCUAUGAAGGGCUGAGAUGGAGUGGAGAGGGAAAAAGACACCUGCGGAACUGCUUCAACUCUCAAGAAGCUUCCCCCUUGUAGGUGAGGACCUGGGGUUUGAACCGUGGUCCUUGCGCAUGGUAAUGUGUGCUCUCAGCCAGGUGUGCCACCACCCGGUCCCCCUGGGCAUCAUUCUUCACCCCUGGGACCUUCACCAGCUGCACAUGGCCACUGAGAACUUGAACUAUUCAGCUUUGUGAAGAGCAGCUCCAGGAAUGAAACAAACAUCAGGGUUUGAUGACUUAAUACCAAAAAAAAAAAAAAACCAAGUAUGUUACUAAUCAUUUUAUAUCACUUACAGGUCGAAAUGCUAUUUUAAAUACAUUAGGGUAAAUAAAUCAUUGAAAUGUCAA